ACUGAUUUCAUUAGGCCAAAUGGAGGAAAGUGAAAUGCCAUCCAUACAUAUGUUUUGGGUGCAUUAGAUCAACUGUUAGCUAGAUUGAUCAUUCAUGAUGAAUCUUUUUGGAAAAGCAAAUACUGCAUAAUGAGUUGCACUACCUUUCAGACACAACUUGUGUGUAUAAUGAAGGUUUUAGCUGAAGCUGCCGUAGAAGAACUGGGCAGACUGCUCGAUGAAAGCUCUGCUGCUGUGCUGCCUUUGGAGACAGCCCACUUGACUACAAACAGUAACCUCAAAAGAAAACUCCAGAGAGAGCAUAUAGCCAAAACAAAAGAGUUUGCGUUCUUUAUGGAGGUCCUGAGUAAAUCAGCUGUGGACAAAGUGAUGUUAUUGGUCAACAAGAUAAAGUUCCAGUGGCAAGAAUGUGACAUGAAUUGUGCCAAACACCAGACAGAGAGGAGUGAUGCACUGGCGAAAGUCUCCAGCGAAGUAACUAACACUGCACAUGGACCACCUGCAAGAGGGAGUUUUUCUGAAGAGUCCUCUGAGUGUGAUGCACAAGACGAGGAGGAAGGGGGCUCAGAAGAACAUGGCCUGCAGGGAGGAACAAGCACUGACCUGAUUGGAGGGGAAAGGGAUGGACAAAGUGGUCUUACUUCACCUCUAAUUGACGUGUCUGCUCUGCUGCGAUUCACUUGUGAGACAUGUGGGAAGAGUUUCACUGAGAGUUUGCCCUUUAAACGUCAUAUCCAGGUGCAUACUCAAGCAUUCAGCUGCCCAGUAUGUGCCAAGUGCUUCACCUGGCAGAGUUUGCUGGAUGCUCAUGUACACCUGCACUCUGGUGAGAAACCCUUUAGUUGUGACGGCUGCUCCAAGACUUUCUCACUAAAAAGCAGUCUGGAUUCACACAGGUGCCACCAUAUUGCAGAUCAGCAGAUUAACUGUGUGCACUGCCACAAGACCUUCCCUAGCCAGUGUCGUCUAGACCGCCACAAAUGCAGUGCAGUAAAGACAUCCUUUGACUGCCCCACCUGUGGAAAGACCUUCGUCUCCAAGAGCCGCAUGCUGGACCACCAGACACUGCAUUCAGGUGAGAGGCCCUUCUGUUGCGAGAUAUGCGGCUUCUUCUUCAGCUGUGAGCGCUACCUGAAGAAUCAUCAGAAGAGUCACCAGAGGAACAGCUGCCAUGUGUGUGACACCUGUGGCAAACGUUUCAGCCAUGCUAAUGGCCUGAACAAGCACCGUUUGGUCCAUACAGGCCAACAGCCCUUUGCCUGUGAUCUUUGUGGCCAGCGGUUCAGCCUCGCCGGUAACCUGAAGCGUCACCAGAUCAGCCAUACUGGACAGAAGCUGUACGGCUGCACCGUUUGCCCCAAAAGAUUCACUGCAUCCCACUCACUCAAAUCCCACCUGCUGAGCCAUACUGGGGCCAAGCCCUUCAGCUGCGAUAUGUGUGGCAAAGGUUUUGUUAACCCAGCCUAUCUGAAGAGGCACACUCACAUCCACAUGCCCAGGCGGCCCUUCGCCUGUGAGAUCUGUGCCAAGAGUUUCAGCUUUCCCAGUCUUCUCAGCAAGCACAGGAUUCUGCACAUUGGUAAGCAAGGCCCCCCACAGGUUUGCAAGUACCCGUGCAGCCGCUGUGACAAGACCUUCUCACUCAAGAGCUCACUCACCAUCCACCAGCGCGUGCACACGCAGGAGAAGCCCUACGGCUGCCGCAUCUGUGGAAAGCAGCUGGCCUACGCAGGAGGCCUCAGCUUGCACAUGCGCAUCCACACAGGGGAGCGGCCGUAUGGCUGUGAUGCCUGUGGCAAGCGCUUCAGCCAGGCCGUACACCUCAAGAACCACCAGCGUGUGCACACGGGCCUCAGAGUCUUAAAGUGUGCCAACUGUGGGAAGAAAUUUGGAGACAGGAAGGACCUUAGACUUCACAAGUGUGAAGUUAAGACAUUACUAUGAGGGAGGGAUGUGGUGUUCACGCAACCAGGGGACCUAGCAUAAAGAUGUAGUGUUUCCAGUGGUUUCAUUUUGUUGCGGAAUACGGCUGCUAAAUAUGUCGCAUUUCAGAGGUGUAAGUGAAGAUAUGGUUUAUGUAGGUCCUAAUUUAAAUGUAAAAUUCUCAGGCUCUAGUUCAUGACUAUCAUUUUUACACAAAACUUUAAAAUUAAUGAAGUUUAUAGUAAAUGUUAAAAACUACUUAUCUUAUGAAAAUAUAGACACUGACCAAUGAAAAUCUAUUCCAUCCUGGUGAAUUAAGUUGUGUUUGUAAGAAAUAAUGGAUCAUCCGGUAUAUGAAAAUGGGCAAGGCAAAGUCAGAAGUACAUAUGAAGGAUGUACAAAUGUGGAUUCUAAAUCCUAAUUUCCAUGCAUGUUUGAAUUAUCAUCAAAUAUGGCAACUUUAACAAAACAUAGAUGAUUGUGUUUCCUGCAACAGGAUCGUGUUUUAAAAAAAACAAUACAUGUAUACUGUUGGAUUUCUGUGUUUUUAUAACCAAUUGAGUUGUUUUUUCUAAACUGAGCUAAACUGAAAAUAAAGAUGACUGUUUCCCUGAA